AUGAUUUCACGAUCUACAAGAAGAUUAGCAACUGCAUACAAGCUAAGACCAACUAAUACUACAUCUAAACGAGAAGCUAAGAGAUAUGCAUUUUAUGAUCUUGUUUUAAGGACGCCGUCUCAUCCAACCCACCCUAUAGAGGCAAGUCUCAUGACAACUGAUCAACUACAGGAUUUAAAGCGGCAUACAAAAACCAGAUACGAAGGGAACUACACCAUUGAUCGAUCUCUCACAAAUGAAGAAAGAAUUCGAAAAGUAUUUGGCGGAAGAAUUAAAGGCGAGGCUCGACAAUCAACAAGCCGUAUUAAUAGGAGAGAACCUCAAGUGGUUGCUGGUAUAACUGUUCCCGCAAGACCACCGGAACCCGAUAACUGUUGCAUGAGCGGAUGCAUUAAUUGUGUUUGGGAAAUAUUUGAUGAAGAUUUGAAAGAAUGGAAUGAUAAAAGAGGAGAGGCAGCAAAAAGAUUAAACGAAAUGGGCGACAAAGGCGGGAGAUGGCCUGAGAAUUUUGAUGCUCCUUUGAAAUUGUUGCAAAGAAGCCAUUUUCCUGAAUCACUCAAGGACAAAUCCAAUGAAGAAUUGUUUGGUGGGAAAACCCAAGAAGGAAAUGCGAAAAGCGACGAGGAUGAACAAUGGGGGUCUGUUCCCGUGUCCAUUAGAGUCUUUGCUGCAGUUGAGAAGAAGUUGAAAAUGAAACAUAAACAAAAUCAACAAACACAAGCAUGA